AUAAACAACACAGCGUGGAGCAAACAGCGCCUGAGGAGUCACAUACCUGCACAGCAUCGUCUUUAUAAAAAAUAUUUUCUAAAAACUUAGGUUUCUUAUAAGAGUAGCACAGCAAAAUGAGUCACGUCGACGUUAAGAACCUGAAGCCUACUAACUUUGAGGAUUGCUACUACGACAAAUAUGAUUAUUACAAUCUGACAGACAGAUACACGGAGUGCGCGAGCCGCAAAGGCAGGACGAAGAAGGAGGCCAGCUGCAACACCAACCGUCACAACCCCGCCGGGCACGAGCGCAAAAUCGUCGAGAAGCUUCAGAACGCCGAGAAGAAGGCCAAAGAGUGAAGCAACAUGUUUGUUCGGACGGCUUGAUCUGGAAACCGACCUUUGGCGCCUUGGCGUCGGAUUUCUAAAGGCAGAAGAUGAUAGUAGUAUCCCUCCGGCUCAUGGUGAAGGUUGGCUGUUCGGAAACGAGCCUCGGUGGACGGUUUAACGUUAUACGGGAUAUGGAGGUGCGCGUGCGCCACACAACCGAGCAGGUGGACGCAGAUCGCAUUGACGUGCGCGUGCUUGAUGAUCAGUGAUGCUUUUUGUCUUGGUGUUUUUUAAAAAAAAAUAAAAAGAUUUUGUAUUACUAAAAUGAUUUAACAUCUAUGAGAAAUAAAGACAUUUUCCAAUA